AUGUCUUAAAUUUUUAUUUUAUCUAUUCUAUCUAUUUAAAAAGAUUUAUCCAAAUUUUUUAUUGAGAGCGGUUCAGAAAUCUCAAAAGUAUGUCUAUUUUAACUAUUAGUAGGGAAUCAUUGAAUUCAAGUUGUUUAAGGAAUAUAUUAUAAUGGAACAAUUUAUAUUUUUUGUAAGAUCUUACUUUUCAUCUAAAACAUCUUCCAAAACUUGA